AUGGCACCUUCCUCUGAUAGCGAGUCCAUAGCCCAUGUGGUGGAUGAAACACAUCACCUCAAGUUAGGAGAUGGGACUGAAGUAAGCUUUGUGGUUAGCGACGUGCCAGAUCCUGUUGCCAUCAUGUUCAAGCAGGAUAUCCCAUGUCUCAAUGCCAUGUGGGAUGAUACCAGUCCUUACUGGGGGAAAGAAUCAGUGCUAAUGAUUAAAGGACACCCUAUUCCAAUAGUAUACUGGCCAUAUGUUUACCGUUAUGGCAAAUAUGGCCAGUGGCAGGGAACUAAAAGUCAAUGGACGGGUUGGAGGGAUAUUGUCUCUCAAUACCGUCAAAGCACGCCGGAAGACUUCUGGAAGGAAUUUUCAGUCAAUGGCUGUGCAAUGAAGUUCACAAGGAUUGUUGACGAACUUUGCAGACAGUGCAAUAUCAGCAAUGAUGACAUGAUUACAUGGGUCCGCAAAGAGUUUGGAGAUGCAUUUGACUCACUAUUCUCAUAUCACAAGGGAGAUGAGGUUCAUGUUAUGAGAAACAAGUCAGCAAUUGUCUGCCACUAUCAGCAGUUAAAGAAACUCCAGUAG